AUGGCCAAGCACAAGAAGGAGAAGAAGAGCAAGAAGGAUAGGAAGGAGAAGAAGCGGCGGCACCGCUCCUCCAGCCCCAGCAGUUCUGGCAGCGACUCUGAUGAGGAGUACAAGCGGCGAAAGGCGGAGAAGCUGGCCAAGAAGGUGGCGCAGCACCUGAAGAAGCACAAGGUGACGGGCACCGGUUACUCGAACGAAGACAACCCUUUCGGCGACACCAACCUCACCGAGCGCUUUGUGUGGGGCAAGAAGAUUGAAAAGGAGAUUGCGGGGGGGCGCGACGUGCGCGACAUGACCGCCAAGGCCGAGAUGAAGCGGCAGGCAGAGCGGCUGGAGGAGAUUGAGAAGGUGAAGAAGCGGCGGGAGCAGCGGGAGGCGGAGAAGGCGGCUAUGGCGGAGGAGCUGGAGAUGAUUCAGCGGGAGCGGGCCAUCGCAGAGGCGGCAGACCUGGAGAAGAAAGAGGAGGAGUUCCACCUGGAGCAGGCCAAGGCCAAGAGCCAGCAGCGGCUGGGCGAGGGGCGGCCCAAGCCCAUAGACCGCCUGGCCCACACCAUCUUCCUCAUGGAGGGGGCAGACCCGCAGGAGGAGCCCACCUCGCUCAUCUCGGGGCUGUCCCUGCGGCAGCUGAAAGACCUGCGGGACGACGUUGCAAAUUUCCAGGAGAUGGACAAGCACCACCCGCUGCACCGCGAGUUUUGGAGCGCGGCGCUGCUGGUGGCGGAGCACGAGCUGUAUGAGCAGCAAAAGCAGGAGGACCUGGACAGGGCCAAGCUGCGCGGCGAGCCGGUGCCUGCCAAGUAUGCGGUGCGGGAGGCGGGGUGGCACGAGUCGAUUGACACAGAGGUGCAGGUCAUGCUGGCAGGCAAGACGCACCGCGAGCUGCUGGAGCUGGAGGGCGGCAUCCAGGCGCAGCUGGACAGCGGUACCGCCGCUGACCCCGAGUACUGGCAGGCGGUGCUGAAGCGCCUGGCGCUGCACAAGGCCAAGGCGCGGCUGCGGGAGAUUCAUGCGGACAUGAUGCAGCAGCACCUGGCCAAGAUGAUGGCUGAUGUGGAUGUGCCUGGCGCCAUGGGGUGGGGCGCUGAGGAUCAGGCUGGCGAGGAGGAUGAGGAGCAGAUAGAGGAGGAGGAGGAGGGGCGGCCGCCUCUCAGCGCAGAGGAGCAGGCAGCGGCGGCGGCAGCAGCAGCCGACGACAACGAAAUAGAGCUGGCAGAGGACGAAGAGGAGGGAGGGGAGGGCGGUGCGGCAGGCGGAGCAGCCGCAGCGGCGGCAGCAGGGGAAGGAGGGGCACCUGUAGAUGCUGAGCUGGAGGCACUGGCGCGGGCGCCCGGGCCCACAGACGCGGCCAAGGCGGCCAAGGAUGCAGAGAAGGAGGCGGCGGCGGCGGCCAGCGCGGUGGAGCGGGCGGCAGCGGCGCGGCAGAAGGAGACGGCGCGCGGCGAGCCGCGGAAUUGGGAUGACAUGUCAGAUGGGGAGCAGGAGGGCCACGCGGACGAGCUGGGCAGCUACUCGCCCGCGCCGCUGCCGCCCACGGCGUAUGCGGGGCAGGAUGUGAUACCCGAGGAGGAGGACCUGCGCCUGCUGGAGCUGACGCGCGCUCAGGUCAAGUACAAGGAGGUGCAGCGGUACAAGGCGGCCUCUGCAGCAGCGGCGGCGGCGCGGCCUGCGCAGGCCGAGGCAGACCGCAUCUACCGCCGCAUCAUGCAGCGGCCGGGAGACGCAGCACGUAUGCUGGGUGGUGGCGCGCCGAUGACACGUUUCCUGUCGGCGCCUGCGCAGGGCAGCGAGCAGCCCAGCGGGGAGGCAGACGCCGGAGAGGUUGCCUUCCGGCGCACCGCAGACAAGUUGAUGGGAGACCUGGGCACGUCUGGGGACGCGCCGUUUGGCGGGGAGGUGCAGGUGGAUGCCGACUCCCAGGUCUACUGGUGGCACGAAAAGUACCGCCCCCGCCGACCCAAGUACUUCAACAGAGUGCACACCGGGUAUGAGUGGAACAAGUACAACCAGACGCACUACGAUGGAGACAACCCACCGCCCAAGACGGUGCAGGGCUACAAGUUCAACAUCUUCUACCCCGAGCUGCUGGACAAGACGGUGGCACCCACCUACAAGAUCGACAGGGACCCCACCAGCCCAGACGGCUCCACCUGCAUCCUGCGCUUCACUGCGGGGCCGCCCUACGAGGACAUUGCCUUCCGCAUCAUCAACCACGAGUGGGAGUACAACCACAAGCGCGGCUUCAAGUGCGUGUUUGAGCGCGGCAUCCUGCACCUCUACUUCAACUUCCGGCGGGAGCGGUACCGGCGCUGA